CACUAAGGGUGGCCGGAAGUAACGUGAGGCCAGUACAUGCUAAGGGAACUAACUACAUUUCGCUGAUAAAAACACUCAGGAACAUGUUUAUAGAUCUCAACAAUAUACUCGACAUUGACGAGAAGCAGCCUCCAGAUAGAAUAAGUAUUUCAAUCUCUUCUUCCCAGACUGACAAUGGAUUUUUGAUUCACCAUUUCUUGUCCCUGUAUAUACGGAAUGGAUAUAAUGUUUGUAUGGUCUCCUUCACGCAGUCUUUCUCUCACUAUAACAACGUAGGUCAAAAGCUAGGUGUUAAUAUAACUGCAGCAAGAGACAACGGUACCUUGAUCUUUAUUGAUGGACUCAAGCUUAUAAAUGAGUGUUUGUUUGCAUCGCCUGGUGAUUCUGGUGGGGUUGAGAAAAACCCUUUCUCUUUUGUUUCUGAUCCAAAGCCAGAUUUGAAAAAUUUGUAUGACCAUAUCAAACAAACUAUAACAUCAUUUUCAUCGCACAGUACUGUACCAACGCUACUACUGAUGGACGAUUUGGGAAUAUUGACUGAUCUUGGAGUUCCAGUCUUGGCAGUAGGAGAUUUGAUGAUGUACCUUCGGAACUUCAUGACUUCAGCUCAAACUUUGAGAAGUGGCUGUCUAGUCAGUGUGGUACAAGCGGACAAAGAUGCUGCAGAUGAGGAGCAUGAAUUGCUGUUAACCCGACUUGCCCACAACAGUGACAUGAUGCUGCAUUGUAAAAGCCUGAAUAGCGGUUACUGUAAAGAUGUACAUGGGGAGCUACUGGUAACAUGGCUUGAUCCAAAACAGAACUAUCCCUUCACAUCCAGAGCAAAACGGAUGCAGUUCAAAAUUAUGGACAAAACUGUAUCAUUUUUUGCAGCUGGGAUGUCUUCAGCUGUGCUUUAGAGACCUCGAGCAAGUCAAGAGUUUUCGCAUUAAGGUUAACAUAUGUAUUUGACUAUUGAUUACUAUUUUGGUUACUGUUUUGAUGACUCAGUUUCGUCAGUAGGCAGAAAUAUUAUCAAUACUGAAAGAAUAAACUUUAAAAAAAUUGAUGAAAUCAAUUUUUGAAGGUGAUAGCAUUUAUGAAGACAGUUUUGUAUAAACAUUCAUAUAGCUGUACAACUGUCACCUCAGUUUUAAAGAGUGUCAGUAUGAUUCUGCCGUUUCCAACACAGUGCAAAACAUAAGGCACAGUGUCCAAUUAUUUUAUAAACUUUGGGUUAAAGAUUAUUGUGUCAAAAAGUGAAGGACAUUGUAAAUGUUUAAUGAAAUAAAUGGAAUGAUUACUG